UUUGGGUAAUGUUUGUGUGUUUAUUUUUGGACGACACAGUAUGUCCUAGUCUAUAGUACGUCCACAUUUAACAGUGUAAAUAUGGUGUAUUUCACGUGAUAUUGUCCCAAAGUCAAUCAGAUACGGUAUUUUAACCUCCCGUGUGUUUUAUCGACGGUGACACGUUAUGAAUUUAGUGUAAGGUUAGAUGUCAUACCUGCAAAUGGUUCCUUAGUCAACAUCACUUAAACAGGACAGAAGUUAUCUGAAUUUGGACCGUCAGUCGGCACCCAGCAAGACCCCAUUGCAAAUUCGUAGAUAGGCUAUAAGCUGCUCUUGUGUUAUGAUUAAACGCGAGGAAUUUGAAUAGUUUUGGGCACAUGGACAAGAGGUCACGUGGGAUGGCGUGCAGGACGACCUCGCGAGUCAGUGAGUUGAGGCUCAGAACUGGAGAGUAACAGGGAUGUGGUCACCUCUUUGGCUAGAAUGGAAAGCAAACACAAGAAAAAGGGUGAGGCCGCAGUGGGCGCUGGCGGUAGCAAUAGUUCUGUUUCUGUCACCAGUACACACACUUCUGUUGACUCACAUACUUCAACAGUCUGUUCUUCGUCUCUCACCUGCUCAACAGUCACAAGUAAGAAGGAAUUUCUGGAUGGGAGACUUACACAAACCGGGGCUCAGGACACCUCUCGAAAUAACUUUGACCAAGAGGGAAACAGAGGUAAUGUCAGGUUAGAACGAACGGCAGGCGAUGGGACGCAAGUAGGAAUCAGUGACUCAGGACGAGCGAAAAGCGAAAGCAAAGAUGUCGGUGGCCGAGGCACGCACGCCUACCCUGGCGACUCACCGCUUAGGAAAUCCACGACCCCCUCAGGUACGCCCGAGAGCGUGUUGCGAAGGGCCCAGCACGGAGAGCCUGGGAUCCAGACUCCCUUUUCCCCGCUGCGGUGCGAAGGACAGACGAACGCUGGCGAAAGGAUUGGUGCCACUAAGACGAGUACUGCCCCCUGUGAUAUGGCCAAAUUAUCUAGUCAGUAUGCAGCCCGACAGAAACAGAAAUCCAAUGGCUUUCUAAAUAUAUUCAAAUGGUUUAGAAAUCGAGACAAAAGAAGGUUUGGUUCUGUUGACAAGAUUAGCAUUAACAGCAGUGAAAGUCUUAGUAGCUUGACCAGUGCGACGAGUAGUUUUGCUUACAUACCCAUUAUGAGAAGCAAAAGUGCUGGUAACCAGAAGGAAAUUUUAACUCCUUGCAGUAUACAAUCUCAGGCUGUUACUUCGCGCAAGUAUAAACUCUUUUCCAAAGAAUCUUCUCUUAGCAGAUUAAAGUCAGACUCUAAGAGAAACAGUCGAGUCUCUGCCAUAAGUGGUUCAUCCGUCGACUCAUCCGUGAGAGAAGGCUCGUCAAGACCCUCAUCCAUGCGAAAGAAGAGGCCUGCGCCUCAGCCACCUGGUUCGCCCAAGUCAAGCGAAUCUGGAUCCAUAAAAAGCUACACCAGUUUGCCUUCCAGGGACCUCAUACCGGUUACUGGUUCUACGGCAGAUGUUCCGGAAGGGAGGAGGCUUCAGAAGUCAAAAAGUGAAGGGCUGAUUUGCAGAAAGACUAAAAGAAGAGCACCGCCUCCUCCCGUGCAAGCAGUCGCUCAGAGAUUUAAGGAAGAGAACCAAGACAAAAGAGCAGAAUCAGAGAAAGGGGUGAAACUCCACUCUGCUGACGGGUCUAGUUCAGGUGGUCGACCAACCGAUAGUGUUUCUAGCACCAGUUCAUUAUCUCAGUCCUUGUCCUCAAUUUCCACACUUCAGUCCCACAGCAGCAGUGCGAAUUCUGCUCUCCACAGUACUGUUAGAUCUACAUCUAGCUCAUGUGUUUCUGAUGACAGUAAAUCCACUCUCACACCUCGUCCUUGGUAUAAGAGGAAAAAGAAGGAAAAUGACAGCAAAGAGCCCAAGACGUCAGUGAAAAAGGAAAAAGUCUACGAUAGUUGGAUGCCUGAAAUCCAGUUCUCGCGGAAGCUGAACCUAACGGGAACUUUUCAGAAAAACAAAAAUAAAACUGAUGCCAAAGAAUCUCCCACAAAAACAAAAGAAGAGGAAAAGAAAGAAAAGAGGCAGUCACAAGUCUCUCUGUUGGCAAGCAUAAGUGAGCUGGACAGAGCUGCUUCGGAACAAAUGCAGCGGGAAUUAGAGGAAAAAAGGGCGCAGAAAGCUGAUUACGAUAGUAAGUUUUACAAGGCAAGUGAACCACGUAUUCUCACACAAAGGGAUUUCUUGCCCGGACAAGAACACUCUGCUUCAACUGGCCAAGAAGAAUCUGGUCCUUCAAGGCUAUGGUAUGUGGGAAGAAAUGAAAGCCAAGACAACUACCCUAAAAAUGAACCUGUCGGUACGCUACCUGAGAGCUACUCCAAGCAGUCUACGCUCAGAGUGGAGAAAAUUAAUGGUAAUCAUUCCUUAGACGACAACUACAGUGGGAACGAUUUAUUCCCCCUGGAUUUAGAAAGUCUACGAAAUUCUUUGGAGUGUGAUAGUUUACCUGAUCUAUUUACAGGCAGUCCAGAGCCACCUAGUUCCCCUGGUCGAGCGCGGGAAUCGCCCUUGCAGAGAGCUGUCAUUGAUGCCGAGUUAUUCUAUCAGCUUGCCAAAGACUCGAGAACCUCUGUUGACGUUAAGCCUAAAAACUCGCCAAAUGCUUUACGCCGCGUGGAAAACCGAAAGCAGACAAGGGGCGAAGAGAGUGAAGAGGAAAACCCCGGGCUGGACUUAUCUGAUGUGUUUGGUCCUUUUCGCAGACAGAGCAAGAAUUUCGGACUCAGAAUGAACAAUUUCUUUUCCCCUGAUGUGUCUACUAUUCUGGAAACAUCCGAGUCCAUGACAUCGACUGCGACAACACCAGGAGAUGAAAUAUACGAGGAUGUGUCCAUGCCAAUGUCGGUCGCCGGGAGAAGGAAAACUGACUCCUUGCACGAAGAGGCGAUCAGCGAAGCGAACUAUGAAUUCCGGCUGAAUUCUUCCGAUGCCAGAGAGAUCAUACAGGAGAUAGCAGACGUGCGAGAAGAAAUCGAAAACAUCAGAAAACAGGAAGAAGAAGAAGCUAUAAGAUAUUCAGAUAAGAGGAGAGCAAACAAGAUAAAAGCUGAAUUGUCCUUUUUCAGAGACAGAGAAUGCUUUGAUUUCUGGCAGGGCAAAGCAACCUCCGGUAAUGUGCCGCCAAUGCCUAUUGAAAUUAAUGAAAACAAUGAGCGCAAACUGAAGUGGGUCUGUGAAACUUGCACAUUGAUAAAUCUUCCAUGGAGACUGCAGUGCGAGGCGUGCAUGAAGAGAAGACCAUCAAAUCCCAAACGAGUGGAUGAAGAUGGGAAAUCCGUGUCAUCGGAGCAUCUGAGUUCCCCUCACACGGGCUCGAGUGAGAGUCCAGUAACAGUGAUUCACGAAGACGGUGCGAACGCGAGGACACCAAAUAUUACUGGAGAAGAGGCUGCUGGCAACGAGGGUGUGUCGCCUACUAGAGACCAGGAUCCUACAGGAAAAAACAGAAGGGACAUCAAUUGGGAAGUAGAGCUACAGAAAUAUUUCAGAACUUUUGAUGAACACGUAAGGAACCAGAAUGACCCGACAGACGGGGGGGAAUAUCGUCCAGUUCCGGAAGAGGCGAAUCUACCACAAGCAGAGGCGUCAUAUGGUAAAAUAUCAAGAAGUAGUAGCGCUCAGAAUGCCUUUUCUGCCUCAGGCUCUGGAGAAAAGCAGCAGGGUGCAAAACCAAAGACAAAGAAAUUUGGAAGCGCUUUCACCGAAGAGGAAAUAAGGGCGUCUUAUGAAUUAUUUCACAUGAAAGUAGUUGCUAGUGGGAACGCUGCAAAGGAUAUAGAUAUAGAUGAAGUUAGGAAAUUAAGACUCGCUAAAUUUCAAGAAGGAAGCGAGUCAGAACCAGUGAACAACGAAACAAAUAUCGCUGAUCAGGAAGUUAAAAAAAACACCAAAGAAAAAAAGAAAACCAAGAAUAAGAAUAAAAACAAAAAUACCGAGGAAAAUGGAUGUAGCUCAAGAAACAAUGAUCAGAUAGUCGCGCAAAAUUCCCAAGAAAGUCCAAGAAGCGAGGAGAAGAGCAGGACGCCAGAGGAAGCAGACAAAACUUUCUAUGCCAAAAGCUACACCAAACCUCAGGUAAUGAAACCUAGCGGUGCCGUAAGGAGUGCGAUUAGUGUUUUCAAUCAGAUGGAACAGAUAUGCCAAAUAAGCAAAGAAAAGCCAAAAGUUACUCGUCGAAGAUCAUUUGGAAAUGUCAGCGGCAGGGCACAGUUAUUUGAAAGCUUCAACUCGGGAAGCAACAGCCCAGAACUGCCGAGGUCGCAGAAGGUCAUGAAGGAAGUUCCUAAGCCUUAUCAAAAAGUAGAAAUAUUGAAAGACAAGGACAUUGUUUCUGCCAUUGCGAAAUUCGACGAAAUGGCAGCCCUGGCGGAAAUAGAGAAAAUAGAGAAGCAUAGAGUGAAGAAUGAGACCCCAAAGAAAAAGCCAUGGACCCCCAGCGUCUUCUCAGUAACUGCCACAAAAACCUCAACCUCUGUCACGAACACGACUUCCAAUGCAAACUUCCAAAACAGUACAGUUCAGACUAAUAAUACAAAGUGUAGUGUAGCUUCUGCUAGCAGUCUUGAAAACACGGAAAGUUCAGAGGCACUCAUCAAGGGAGGAAUUCUGUACACCGAACAGAGAAAGCGGUCAAUGUCCAUAGGUUCAGGAACUUUUGAACUCAUUGAAGCCAAAGACUUUGAGAACAUUGAAGCUCAACACAGUGAAUCCUUGCUAUCCACAGCCAGUGGCAUAUCAGACCUUCCUGGUGCCUCGGCUGACGUUAGUGCCACCAAUGGGCCCACUUCAGUCUUAAAUCCCAGAGCUGAACAAACCUCCCGUUCUAAUACAGUAGCUUUAGUUCCCAAAUCAGAAAGCGUGGAUGAAUGGAAGAGAGAUAUAGAGAAUAAAGAAUUGGAGAGACUGAGUCAUCAGCUUACAGGCCCUGACGGCAUUGCCAACUUCAAAGCCAACUUGAGGGUCGAGGAGCAGUCGCUGGGCCACACCAACACCCUCAACAUCAACCGGCUCCUGAAGAAGCUCGAGACGGCCAUCUCCCGGGGCGACCACGCCAAGGCGGCCCAACUCGCGCACGAACUCGCCGAGCUCAAAAUAUCCUGUUCUGUGAUACGCAACAAGAGGAACACGAGCAGCGAGAGCACAGCCAGCCAGGACGAGGCCUCCGUCGUGUCCUUCAAGACGACCCAGUCCAGCAUCAGGCCCAAUUCCCUGGUAUUCGAGGACCGAAGUGCGCUCUCCUCCCUUCAUCCGAACGCCGAGGGGGUCGAGGCGACGACGCCGUCCAACGUGUCCGAAUGCUUCUACGACGCUUCGGAGCGCUUCGAGAACGAGAACAUCGACGCGAAUGAGUAUAUUUACGAGUAUGAGAAUGAGAACUUCGUGUACCAGGAGGACGCGGCGUCGGAUUUCCUCCCCGACGCGAGGAAGGGAGACAGGAAGCCAUCGGAAGUCGUAAAUAAGGAAAUGACAACGACCUCAUCCGCACCGCAGCCGACGCCGCCAGCCCAGGUCGAAGCCGCGUCGAAUGCGAGUCCGACGCCGAGCCGGAGGGGAGUCCGCGUCGACCCCGCGAGGAGGGAAGUCAAGUCGGACAACAUCAGCAAACUGGCGGAUGAGUCGUCCGUCGAAGUCAAGGAUGCCAGAAACGCACCUUUGCCUUUCACAGUGAAGAUGUACGUCGAGGACAAAAACAGCCACCAAGGACCCAUCUCCUUCAGUGUUGUCUCCACGAUGACUGUGGGCGAACUAAGAGAAAAGGUUUACCAGAACUUCGGGUUCCCGCCCCACGUGCAGCGGUGGAUCCUGGGCAAGCGGCUGGCAGACGACGACUCCAGCAGCCUCGAGCAGCACAAGGUCACGUCGGAGGGCUGCCCGAUCUUCCUGUACCUCGUGGCGCCCCAAGCGGAGACCCAGGACAAGACGUACCAGGCCCCGCGGAGGACGGAGUACUCGUACGCCGACGCCCUCUCGAACGCCGUGGCUCCUCCUCCGCCCGCGAGGAGCCUUAGAGAGGAAUGCGACGAGGUCAUCUACGAGAAUAUCUGUUCGGAGAGGGAGGACUACGAGGCUCCGGCGAGGAGCGAAGCCGCGAGGCCGAAGCCGGUGCCACAGCUCCGGCAAAUGCAGGAAGUGAAAUACGCCCCCGUGUCUCAGAAGGUCGAGAUUCGUUCGAAUGUGAAUGGCGUGGCUAAGACGCGUCGCGGGUCUGAUUCGUCUUAUGGUGGCGUGUAUCAGAAGCAAAACGUCGCGCAGGUAAUCCAGUUUGGAAAGGCUCACCCGCCAGCGAAGAAGACGGAGGAGACGCUGCUGCAGCCGACGAAGGCGACGAAGAGGGAAACGACGGAGAUGACCAUACAGCUGCAGGCCCCGCAGCAGCAACAGCAGCAGCAGCAGCGACUACAACAGCAGCAGGAACAGCAACGACAACUACAACAGCAACAAUUAUUACUACAAGAACAACAGCUAUUAUUACAAAAACAGCAACAGGAACAGCAGCUAUUACUACAGAAACAGCAACAGCAGCAGUACCGACAACAGCAGCAGCAGCCCCAACAGCCAGCGGCAGCGAAGCCCGAGCCAUCCGCACUGAGCCCGCCAUUGCAGUUUCCAACCCAAAAGAAAACGGAAAAAAUACCCGACAGAUCGGAGCCACUCACGAACGCAAGACAGCCGCAGCAGAAAGGGACACAGCAAGCACAGCAGCCGACGCAAAUCGCCGUUUCUGCCCCCCAGCCGCCCGGCAGCACAGCAGAGGCGGUCGACACCAGCAAGCAGCAAGCCAAAGCAGACGGCAGCGUCGCCAAGAAGAAGUCGGCGCAGAAAGGCUCUUCCCCGAAGCAGAAGCAGAAGCGGGCGCAGCAGCCGGCCAAACCGCAACCAACCCCGCCCAAGGAGCAGCCUGUAGCGCAAGCCCCGUCGCCAAGCCAAGCCCAGGCAGCGACCCAAGCGCAAGCACCCGCCCCGGAGACUCCACCGGCCAAGUCCCCAACGACGGCGAGGGAGGAGAGCCCGGGAGACGCCAAGACCCUGAUGGCGAAAGUCCACGGCUGGAUGUGCCCGACCUGCACCCUCGUCAACCGGUGGGAGCGCCCCGGGUGCGAGGCGUGCGCGACCGAGAGGCCGGGCUCGGAGCCCCUGGGGAAGGGCGCGGCGGCGGAAAAGGUACAGGAGGCUUCGAGUGUUGUGCAGGUUCGGGCUUGGGCCGCCGUCGUGUCCGCCCUCGAGCGCCAGGGGUUCGUGCCCAACCGGGAGGCCUUCGAGUGCCGGAUCUGCUUCCUCGACUUCGACGUGGGCGAAGGGGCGGUUCUGAGGGACUGCCUCCACACCUUCUGCCGGGAGUGUUUAGCCAACGCCAUAAAGUAUUCUGACACGGCCAUGGUCAAGUGCCCGUACAGAGACGACCAGUACUCCUGUGAUUCUUCUCUGCAGGACAGAGAAAUUAAAGCUCUGGUGACCCCCCAAGAAUACGAGAAGCACUUGGCCAAGUCGGUGAAACAGGCCGAAGGAGCGAUGGAGAACGUGUACCACUGCAAGACGCCAGACUGCCCCGGGUUCUGCCAGUACGAGGACAACGUCAAUAUAUUCCAGUGUGAAGUCUGCAAGAAGGUCAAUUGCCUCACGUGUCAGGAUAUGAUACGGCGCGGAGAUGGCCUGCCGUGUCCGAAAUGCUCGGUGAUGCUGGUCAGGAAGUGGGGCUGCGACUGGAUGCGGUGUCCCAUGUGUCGCACGGAGAUCUGCUGGGUCACGCGGGGUCCCAGAUGGGGUCCUGGGGGCCCCGGCGAUGUUUCAGGGGGCUGCAAGUGCGGUAUACGAGGCCAAAAGUGUCACCCGAAGUGCACUUACUGCCAUUAGGAUUACGUCAUCAGUUUACCCUCUGCCAAUUCUUUCUUUUUUUUUAAAUCGCUUUUUGUAUUGCUUCCUCGAAGGAGCACACUCUCUAUGUAUACAUAAAAAAAUGCUUAUUUCCUA